CCACAGGCCCCUCCCCUAGGAGCUGGGGUAUAUAAAGGUGGGCUAGACCUUCCCCCCAGCACAGACUCUAUAGAAGUGACACAGCUGCAGGGAACGUCUGAGUCUUCUCAAGCACCAUGAAGUUGCUUUUGUCCUUGUCUGUGAUUAUUGGAGCCAUUGUGAUGGCAUCUACCUUGACAUGCAAUGUUUGCAAUUUUCGGUUCCUGUUCGUUUGUAUUGGCUCUUCCUCAACAAUAAGCUGUACUGGAAACUGCUCGUUAACCCAAACUUUUGCUGGCAGCGCUCCCUUUUUCAGCCAACAGGCAUGUGAUACAAAUUGUGUUUCAAACACUACCACCCAAAAAGAGAAUGUCUUUGGCUUAAACUACGUAAAGACCUGCUGUAGCACAGACCUCUGCAACAGUGGCAAUUCAGCCAAGCUCUCUCUGUCCCUGGGGCUAAGUAUGCUCCUCCUGUGGCUGCUAAAGUGUGUGUAAAACUUGGCAAAAUGAGCAAUACAGUGAACUGAAAAUGUACAAUUUAAGGACUGCUUGUAACUUCUUUUAAAACCAGGUUCAAAGUGUGUAUAAAAAACCCAAAAGUGCUUUACCUAUUAAUAUAGACUGUCCCCAAGCAAACACGUGUUUAUAAAGGGCAGCUAUGAUUACUUGUGUGGAAAUGAGGUCUCGCUGAAGAACUAAUUCACAUGGAAAUGUUAUCUGGCGCUUUCUCCUAAUGUUACUUUUAUUUGUAUGUUUGUUUUUAUAAGGAUACUGGAGAUGCCUAAAUAUUGAUCAUACAAACAGAAUGCAUUCCAUUUCUUUAUUGAGUUGUUUCUUGUUUCUUAACACUAGCUACCUUAUAUCAACCCCUUCCCACCAUUCAGCGCCCAGGUGAUAAAACUAAAUUUAAAGGGGUGGUGGCUUGAAUGAGAGAUUGGAAGAUGAAUAGGAGAAGGGCUAGAUAAAUAAUAAAGCAACAAAAACAUUGUAGUAUCACAAAACUAAGAUUUUUUGGGCUUCUGUGGUCAGUAACCCCCAUUUUAUUGCUGGGCAGAAGAGGAAUGAAAAUAAUUCAAAAGCUAUAAAAAAAUUAAGACCAAUAAUAGGACAUUCUAUUACAUACUAAAAGCUAACUUAAAGGUGAACUACCUCUUUAAGACAUAAUAUCAAGAAUGUUUGAUGCAGUACUCCAAACCCAUAGCAGCUAAGCAGCAGGUAGCAUAAACCACUGGUCAGCCAAACAGCUGAUACCACUGCUUGGUCACCAGGAACAAGAAGCAUAUGUUGACACAAGUGCGGGACAGUCCCUCUUUGGAGAGCGCGGCCUACAGUCUCGGAUUCUUACUGAAAAGUCCCUCAUU